AUGGUGAAAGUUCUUCUGUCCGGCGGUAGCGGCUUUAUCGCCGCCCACAUCGUGGAUAUUCUCCUUCAACACAGCUUCGAUGUCGUUUUUACCGUCCGAUCGGAGGAGAAGGGCAAGCGAAUCCUGGAAAACCACCCCAAUACACCUCAGAAGAAGCUUUCCUUCGUGAUAGUGAAAGAUGUCGCUCAGGAUGGAGCCUUUGACGAGGCGGUCAAGUCCAACCCUCCGUUUGACUACGUCCUUCAUACCGCAUCCCCAUUCCAUUUCAACAUCGAUGACCCAGUCAAAGAUUUCUUAGAUCCUGCGAUCAAGGGAACCACCGGUAUACUGAAGGCCAUCAAGGCUUAUGCUCCAUCCGUCAAGCGAGUGGUGGUUACGUCUUCCUUUGCAGCCAUCGUGAACGCAAAGCAGCAUCCGAAAGUCUAUAGCGAGAAAGAAUGGAACCCGGUGACCUGGCAGGAAGCCAUGGACCAUUCCAAUGUAUACAGAGCUAGCAAGACCUUUGCCGAAAAGGCUGCGUGGGAUUUUGUGGAGAAAGAAAAGCCUAAUUUCGAUAUCGCCACGAUCAAUCCUCCAUUGGUCUUCGGUCCAAUUGUUCACUAUCUGAAUUCCCUCGACGCCAUCAACACCUCCAAUCAGCGGAUGCGCAACCUCAUCCAAGGCCAAAUGAAGGAGAAAAUCGCGCCCACAGGUACCUUCCUCUACGUUGACGUGCGCGAUGUGGCCCUCGCGCAUGUCCGGGCCAUUGAGGUCCCUGAGGCAGGGGGUCAACGGUUUUUUGUGACGGCCGGAUUCUUUUCGAACAAGGACAUCGUUGACAUUGUUCGCGAGACUCAUCCUGAAUUGGACUCAAAACUUCCUCCCAACGAUUCACCCAGUGACUUCCCAUCCGACAUUUACGAGAUUGACAACAGCAAAUCGAAGGAAGUGCUUGGCAUCAAGUAUCGAUCUUUUAAGGAGACCGUGUCGGACACGAUUAGCUCGUUGCUAGCAGUGGGGGCUUGA